AUGUAAAUGUGUGUUUGGUAUUUUAAUUAAUUAAUAACUAAUUAAUUAAUAAUUUAUUUAAAUUAUUUAGUGAUUUAUUUUUAAUGUUGGGACUUUCAGUCCUCUAUAUAGCUGUUCCCUUCAUAGACAAACAAUCCUAAAGGACCUAUACAUUUCGAAAUACCAUUGCUUGUACUUUCGAGUUUGUUAUGAAUUCCAUAAAAACUAAAAUAAUCUGUAUUUUUCACUGCAAAAGAUGGCCUUAAGCUUGGGGCCUCUGGUAAUUACCUGUUUUACCUAAUGUAUGUUACAACACCUGCAUAAAUACAGUAAGUCAAAAGUUGCUCUUUAAAGUCACUAACACACUUUCACCACUUUUACACCACAGACUCCAUAUUUGAUGCCCCAACAGAAUUCUGGUAUUUCAUCAAAAAUGUGAAUAUAUACAGGGGGUCCUCAAUUUAGCUCCCAACCCCACUGGCACUUUCCUCCUAAUUGAAUUCACACACAAAAAAUAUGUUUUUAAAACCAAUCCGGAUUUUGGUCAAGCCAGAACGUAUCAACCAGUAAAUCGACCAGUUUUACCACUUAGUUUUAGACAAAAAACUGUCUAAAAACUAGGAGACAAUUUCCAACAGAAAUUGUAUUAAGUUUGGAUCCUAUCAUUAAUAUUAAAAUAUACUUAAACAUUAUUAAUCAAUAAAAAGGUUUUAGGUUGGUGGAAAAAAAACUCAAACUUGUUAAAUGCUAGAUGGAAUGAACCGCUAAGCUUGUUCCUUAACAAUGUCCCUGAUAAUGACAGUUCAGAAGCAAAGAUGAGUUUGACAGAAGACAUUGUCUGACUGUCAGUUUGUCAUCUCCGUCUGCUUUAGAAAACAUCAGCUAAUCAUUAAGUAUUUGGCGGAAGGAAUGUUUCGUGAGAAAAGCCUGUUAGUUUGGUCACAAAAAUCUGUGAGAAUGUCUUCACUGGGGUGAGGAGACAAAGGCAGGCAAAAGCCAAUGUUGCUACCGCAAUUAGGCAUUUAGAGAGAGAGAGGGAGAGAAAGCACACAAAGCAGACCAAGAGCCGAAGCCUUCACAGAGAUAAGCCAAGAUCCAUAGGUUUACUCCACUUCUUCUGAGGAUUACACUCCAGUGGACCAUCAGUAUGUUCUACUGCAUCCUACCACUGGUUCUCAGCUUGUUUGCAGGUGCUGCUGCAACAAACCAGGCUUUCACUAGUUAUGGUGAGAUGGACAUCACUUCCUGUCCCAUCACCUACUUUGGAAAGAAAUAUGACAAAGUCUACGCGACCUUCAAUGAUAGCAAAUUUGCAGUUUGCUUCAAUGGCCACUACAAUGCUGGAAUCCAAAAUGACUGUAUCCUGAUGUCUGGAGGAACAGCAGAUAGAGGAGACCUGAAAAUAUUUACCAAAGAAAUCCCAAUAGGAUCAGGGGUCCAUGAACUUCUCCCAAGCCUUUCAUCUCCUGGAAAAUGUGUCAAUGUCAUCCCACUGAAAGAUAGUCAACAAACCGAUAUUGAACAAGUUGAACUUGGUAAUUUUGGAAAUCAAGCAAUUCUGGCAAUCAGGACUUACUCCGGAUACACACCAGUUAAUAUGGAUGCUGACACACAAGUCAAUGGCCUAACAAUUUCUAAAAAGACAUUUCAAACAUCACAAACAAUGUCAGGUGUCAUCACAGAUAUUAGUGGUUGUAGACACUCAGGUGUUGUGUACAAGCCAAACACAUCACAGAAAAUCCCAAGCAUUUGCUCUACAGUUACCUGUGGUGCAAAUGGAGUCGUCACUGCUGUCAGUGACUGUGAUCCCACAGAGCACUGUGAUGGCAAUGGAGGUUGCGUCUUCAACAGCAUCUGCACUGUGACUGGCUUUACAAUCAUCGAUUUUCCCGGCCGUGUCCACUUUGUUCCUGACCGCUGUGGGUACAUUCUCUUAAAGUCAACGCCUAUCUCUGGCCUUCAAGUGCUGGGAGUUUUCCAGGAGAGACGGCGGAAAGAUGUCAGCUUUUUAGAAAGAGUGAUAAUAAAGAUGGAGAGCACAGGAGCUCAAAUCUCUCUGGAACAAGGGGGGAGAGUCUUGCUGAACAAUAAAAACGUGCAGCAGCUGACACCUGUGGCCUCCAUCGUCCAGGGUGUAGAACUUUCUAGGAACCAGAGUGGGAUAACGGCAAAGAUAUCUGGGUCUUCUUAUACUGUUUAUGUCCAUUUUGAUGGGGAAAUUGCCCUUAUUCACAUGACAGGACCAAGUGGAACAGAGGUGCAGGGAUUAUGUGGCAGUGCCAACACUACUUUAGGGGUAGAAAAAGCAGCUGAGCACAGUGACAGUGGCUGUGAUGUACAACAAAGCCAACCUGUCGACAGUUCAAUUGACUGCCCAUCCGCAACUGAAUGGUGUAAUGUUUUGAAGGAGGCUCCCUUUUAUGCUUGCAAUGCUCACAUUGACCCAGAGCCCUACAUUAGCGCCUGCACAGAAAUGCUUUGCAAGUACCCUCCAGUUGAUGGUCUUCGAUGCCAGUUUAUGGAGGCAUAUGUCAAAAGCUGCAGCUACCACAGCAACGUCAAUGUGGAGGGAUGGGAGUCAGACGCCACCUGCUCUAUUCACGACUUUUGUCAAGACAUGUACUGCAGUGAUCAUGAGUUCUGUGGUAGGCACUACACUGGAGAAGCUGGCUGCCUCUGCCGCGCUCUUUUUGCCUCUCCAUAUAAAGCAACAGGAACCUUUGGAGAACCAACGGUCUGUGAGAAAGAGUCUGCUUCGAUUAGUCUGGCCAAGUGUCUCUUGGAAGAUCAAAGCAUUAACUACCGUAACCUAAAACUUAAUGACCAGACCUGCCAAGGUGAAUUGGACAGUGAAACCCACAUGGUGACUUUCUAUUUUGACGGGAACAGAUCUUGUGGGACUGUGAUCACAACAAAUGGCAGCCGGAUCGCCUACAAGAACACCAUCAUGACUCCAGGUGCCACCAUCCCAGGCGUCAUCAGUCGUAAGAGUCAAGUGCAGAUAGACCUCACAUGUUGUUAUAGUCAGCCAGAUAUUAAAAGCCUGGGUAUCACCCUGCAAGACAGUUCUGUGACUCAACAGAUAGUUUCUGGACAAUGGAGUUAUAAUCUCACAAUGGAAGCUUACACCAAUACUGAAACAAAGAAAGCCCUUGGAAACAAUGAUAAAGUUCUUCUGAAUCAGAAAAUAUGGGUGGAUUUGAAGACAGAAGGAUUGGAUAAAGGGAUGGUGGCUGUGGUGGUGGAGUCCUGCUGGGGAACCAAUGAGCCCUUACCAAGUUCAAGCCUGAAAUAUGACAUUAUCAUUGAUGGCUGCCCUAACCCAGCUGACAACACUGUCCAGGUUAUGGGCAAUGGAAGGGGAAGUUCUACAACCUUUUUUUUUAAUGCAUUCCAAUUUACUGGCAAGAAUCGCAACGUCUUCUUACACUGCAGAGUGAGACUGUGCGUCCAGCGGGACAAUGAUUGCAUACCGACAUGCGGUGGGCAAACCACAAGGAGGCGCAGAUCUAUUAUGAAAAGAUAUGAGGACAAAAACCCAGGUCUCAUCAACUUGGUCUGGACAUACUGAGUCAACCCAUGAAGACCAGCUCAAGCUCAAGACACAAGCUUCACACAAGUGGGCUGUUUUCUUUCAAAUCUAUUCUAUAAAUGUAUAUAAAAAAAAUCAGUUUCUUUCUAGCCCUUAAGUAUAUCAGCUCUGAGGUGGAGGGUAAAAGUCAAGGUAAAGUGUUUAACAAUUAUUUAAUUUGAUGGUUAAGGCUGUGGUAACAAUCAAACCAAAUUAUAAGUCCCCAUGUUCUGUGGGGAUCGGGUUUCCAUGUAUAUUCAAAUAAAAUAAAAAUUUGAAUUGAAUGGUUUCGGAUCAUUCUUUACUGAAAAAGUCAGGGAACUUUUCUUCUCUUCCUACACAAAGUAUAUUUUCAGGUCUAGGCUUUGUUGUUCUAAAAAUAUCCCUUUUCUUUUAU